AUGAAUUGCUCACCGACUACACCUUUACCUUUUGCACCCCCUCCUUCACUCCCUACCUUAAUCACCUUGCCUUAUACCCCCCCCCUCUGUACCCCAGCCCCCCCGAAAUGCAAGGAUCAUGGGGGUGGAGGGGUCAUCACACCCACAAUCUGCCGGCAGGGCAAUAAGGCAGAGCAGCAACAACUGGGAGUAAUGAGCAUCCCAAACUUUCAGAAUCGCCAACGGUCAAACGCCAAGUUUGGGCCUUUUCAUUCACCGGGAUCCAACCUAUCCCAAGGCCAACGCCAACUAGUCUCCCUUGCAAGAGCCAUGCUCACCCCGUCUAACAUUUUGGUUUUGGACGAAGCCACUGCCGCGGUGGACGUCCAGACUGAUGCGCUGCUGCAGAACACGCUGAGGGGACCGUUGUUUGCGAACAGGACGAUUAUCACUGUGGCGCACAGGAUUAAUACUAUUUUGGAUAGUGAUAGAGUCGUGGUGUUGGAGAGGGGGGAGGUGGUGGAGUUUGAUACGCCCGAGAGGUUGAUAGAGAAGAGGGGGGUGUUUUAUGGGUUGGUUAGGGAGGCGGGGUUGGCGGAGGAGUAA